AUGCCUGUACAGGGCAAGGACUUGAACGGUCGGCCAUUUGACCUUGCCGAUUUCGGUGAUGCCAGAGACUACAGUUACAGAUACAGGCCAAGAUUCCUUGACGAGCGUGCGGUUCCUACGGACUUGGAUCAGUUAUGGUAUGAUGAUCGAAAAGCGAGGGGAGCUUUUGGAAAAGAGAAGGAGCAGGAGACCUUCCUGCGAAAAUACCUCUUCUUUGAGCAGGACAACGAUGAUGAUGAAGAGUGGGGGCCCGUAAGACUGCUGGGGAGAGGGGGCCACGGCCUCGUCGGCCUCUGGCAGAAACGAGACGACAACAACCGGAUUGUUGAUGAAGUGGUCCUGAAGGAAAGCAGGUACAGCAGAGCCAAUAGCAGGGCCGCCCUCGCAAUGGAAAGCGACCCGAAUGCUUAUCCCAGGCACCUGGCAGAAGCCGCCAUCCACAAAGACAUCAAUGCGCAGCAUCCCGGUGUUGCACCACAUUUGCGCAAAUACAAGUUUUUCUAUCACGACAUCAACGAGCGGGAGGGCCGAUAUCGAUUGUAUUUUGAGCAUUGUCCCUUCGGAACUCUUGGUCGCCUUGGCCACCUAUACCGGUGCUGGGAUACCUAUCUUCCCGAGGUUUUUGUCUGGUAUGUCUUCUAUUCGCUGGCAAAAGCGUGCGAAGCCCUUCGGGAUGCUCCACCUUUUGACAGCAGGGCCAUCAAAGAGGAGUACUGGAGCAUCCGCUUGGAAGAGCUGUUCUGCCUUCACAUGGACUUCAAACCAGACAAUGUACUCCUUGGUUAUCCUUCGCACGAGGGUGCGGAGUACCCGUCCGCUCUCCUAAAUGACUAUGGUUUAUCCAUGUAUACGGCGGUUAACGACGACCCUGACUUUCGAACGUGGAACCCUACUUACAUGUGGCACCGCGGCACCCAUUCCUACCAGCCCACGGAACAAAACCAUUAUGGUGUGGAAUGGGAGAUGCCUCCGGACGGAGGGCGGCUCAGAACCCGGGAUGCGCAAAAUCGGGAGCUGGAUUGGCACAGAGCUGCGCGUCAACGUGAAGAAGACAACCAAGAGGCUGGCGGCGAUGUGAUCUUCGAUCACUCAAUGAACGUCUACGGCCUAGGUCAGACAAUGUUCGAACUCGUGACACUCAGGAAAAACAACAAACAUCUGCACCGGAUCCGCGCCAAAUGCCUCACAAGGUUCCAGCGGAACGGCAACCACCAGAUCUCGCAUGUGCUCACCAAGAAACCGGGCGUUUACAGCAGCCGGCUCCGUCACUUGAUCCACCGCUGCCUGGAUCCGAACCCGGCAAGUCGCCCCUCCCAGAUGGAAAUCAUGGACCAGACGCGCCGCGGUCUGCGGCUGGCCAUCAAGCGCGCCAAAAGGGACGGGAAUUUCCCGGUAAAAGUGUACUUCCGCGACAACGACAUCAACGAGAUGCCCCUCGGGGACGCGGGCUUCCAGCCGCAGCGGAGGGACUUUUCACGUCUGAUUGAGAGCGAGUUUGUCGACCCGGACGCUCCCAAGCUGAAACUGCCCGCGGACAAGUACGGUGGGUUCCCCGAGGCCUGGUCCAACCCCAGCUGGAAGCAGAUGUACGAUCACCGCAACCCGCACGAUCGCUGGUUCAACGGGCUCGAAGGCGACGGCAGCAACUAG